AUGCGCCCUCUUGCCAUCGAAGAAGAUGACGAUAACUUCGCAAACGCUGGAACAGUCGAUUAUAGCAACAAACCUGCUAACAAGAAGAAAACAGUAAACUGGAAAACCUGUCAUUUUAUCCUAGGGAAUGACACCAUUGACAUUAUCAGCAACAGUCCCUUGCCUGAGGCCAACCUGAUGCAAGAAAGAUUGGGAUUAAGCCAUGUGUCUCAUCCUACGGUGCAGAUCAAUUUGAUGACACUCAUGGGGCUGAAAAGAAGUUCAAAAGUUCUUUCUUCAGUUGUUUCUAUUUUUCAAUCAAUAUCGGGUGCACUCAUUGCCUCUUCAGUGCUGGUUUGGAUACAAGUUAACAUUGGUUGGGGAUGGGGAUUUGGUAUUCCUGCUGUAGCUAUGGCAAUAGUUGAGGCCUUUUACUUUCAGUACCAGAAACCCAGUGACAGCCUUCUUACUCGUCUCCGAAAGGUGGUGGUAGCCGCCCUGAGAAAAAUCCGAGUUGUGGUACCCUAUGACAAGACUUCCAAUGCAGAAUCCAUUAUGGUAGGGAGCCGCAAGCUUGAUAGCACGGAUGAACUUCGGCAUGGGAACACUAGAUGGAUAGCAGACAAUAUGAACGAUGGCACCUCCCUUCUUUUUGCUACUAGCCGUCUUGAGUUUUCUAAACUUGGGAGCUUCGUUGCAGCAGCAAAGAGAUAUACAUAG